AUGGCGGAGAUACCGACCGGCGACUACAGCCACAUCCACCGGUCGAUCGAUCAGCUGCGAUCGAUGAACGAACGCGGUGUCCUGGGCCAGCUCAACGCUCUGCAGGCGGCGGCCGCGGUCGGCAACGGCACCGACCUGCGGUCGGCGCUGGUCCACGACUACAAACCCUACAUUAGCGACCUGCGCGCCAACAACGAUCGCCUCAUCGACUAUGCCGUCGCCCAGAAGCACCACCAUCAUCACCAGCAACAGCAACAGCAGCAGCAGCAGCAACACCAACAACAUCAGCAGCAGCCGCAUCCUCACCAGCAACAGCAACAGCAACAGCAGCAACAGCAGCACCACCAGCAAGCGCCUCCGCACCUGCUGGACGAUCGGACAGGGAACAAUAACAACAACAACAACCAUGAGACGGACCUGCGACUGGGCGAGGAUCACAAGCCGCCCCACUACAGCGCUCCGUCCACGCCGCCCACUCCGCUGGCAAUGGUCGAGACGCAGAUGGCCGAGCCCGGGAAGAGAUACGGAACCAAAGGUCGGAAAAAGAUCUUUUCCGCCAAGGCCGAACUGCAGCUUCACGGUGGGCAGCUGCAGAUGCGGGAAACCAAACCGUACAAAUGCACGCAGUGUACAAAGGCGUUCGCAAACUCGAGCUACCUGUCGCAGCACACGCGGAUACAUCUCGGUAUUAAGCCGUACCGGUGCGAGAUUUGCCAACGAAAGUUCACGCAGCUGUCGCACCUCCAGCAACACAUCCGGACGCACACCGGCGACAAGCCGUACAAAUGCCGACAUCCUGGCUGCCCGAAAGCGUUUUCGCAACUCUCCAACCUGCAGUCCCACUCGCGGUGCCAUCAGACGGACAAACCGUUCAAGUGCAACUCGUGCUACAAAUGCUUCACCGACGAGGCCUCCCUGCUGGAGCACAUACCGAAGCACAAGGACUCGAAGCACCUGAAGACGCAUAUCUGCCAACUGUGCGGCAAAUCGUACACGCAGGAAACCUACCUGGCCAAGCACAUGCAGAAGCACGCCGAGAAGGAGGAAAAGCGACGGAACCGAGGGGGCGGUGCUAAUGCGGCCAAUAACAAUAAUAACAACAGCAGUAGCACCACCUCCGGCGCUAACAACACUAGUAGUGGAGCGGCUGCCGCGAGCGGCGGCGGCAGCAGCACGAGCAAUAACGUGGCAGCAACGGUGGCCGCUGUGGCGGAUGCGGCAGCGGCUGGUCUCGCGGGCCUGGCAGGACUGGGCCUCAACCGCAUGGGAGGUAUGGUGGGCAAUGUGGCCGCAGCAGCGGCAGCUGGUCUCGUGGGCGAGCACCCGUACUGGCCGAAGGUGAGCCCGGAUUCGGCUGCGGCCAGCCUGGCGGAAGCAAUGCAGCAGCAACAGCAACAGUACGAUUUCAGCAACAACAGCGGCAACUCAGGUAGCAGCGCCGCCGGUGGCACCAGCAACAACGGUGGCACGGGUGGAGGCGGUGGCAAUGGCAACGAACAUCAUCGUAACUUGAACGGUGGCGGCAGCGGCAGCGGCGGCUCGUCCGCCAACUCACCCGACGACGUCGGCGAGGAUCUGGUCGUCAUACGGCACAACUCGCAGCACCAGCAGCAGCAGCAGCAGCAGCAGCACGUUAACAACCAAUCGAAUUCCUCCUCCUCGAACUCGGCCUUCACGCCGAUCAACGUGAUGCCACCGCAUCUCAACAGUUUGGCGGCGGCCCACCAGCACCACCAGCAGCAGCUUGCGGCCGCCCAACGGCCUCCCUCCUACCUGUACGAUGCCAUCAACUUCCAGAACCAGAAGGCGGCCAUCAAUCAGAACGCGGCGGUCGCGGCGGCAGCCGCUGCUAACGGCUUCCCGAACCAGCUGAUCUCGCUGCAUCAGAUCCGGAACUACGCGCAUCAGCCCGGUGCGGGCGGUGGCGGAGGCGUCGGUGGAGGCCUAAUCACCGGCGAACACUUACUGAUGGGUGGCGUCGGCAAAGUGGAGAAAUAGUCUGAUGAACGCGGCACCGACAGUUGUAGAGCUGCCAAGCCAGGUGGGUUGGUGGUAGCGGCGGUCAAUGGCACAAAACGAAAUCGGGCCGCGGCAAAGGAACCGCCCAUGCCAGAGCUAGGGUUCCUAAACGGUCGUCGACGCACCGCCGCGCUUUAUUCUGCGUAGAAAACGGCAGCAAAAGGAAAAUGUAUUUUCGCGGGGCGAGGAAAGAAUGGCGACGAACAUCAUUAGGGCAAAAAUGUAGCAAAGGCAAGGGCACGCGAUACAGCAGACAAAGCCACAGAAGUGUUGAGAGAGGGUACACGUUUUGUUAUGGAGUUUCCUUCCCUUGUCGUAUUACGAUCGGGAUACUAUCUUUUUCCCCUUCUCCAGGACCUGUGUAGUAGCUUCGUAGUCUGAUUUGUUUCUAUAAUUUGAUUCUCGGUCCCGUUCAUAAAACACAAACACACGCACACACGCAUAUAUAUAUAUAAAAGCAACAAGGUAAUAGAUAAUUAUACCCAGAAGGUUAAGUAAACUGCGUCCGAGGUUCCACUGCCCGUUCUGGGGGUUGCUGGAAGCCGAAGAAAGGAUGCGAUUAGAAAUCGAUCCUCAAUUUCGCCACCGAUCGGCUCGGCUGCCUGUUCCUUUCGUGUUAGUGUAUCUUUAGUUUGCUUUCUCUAUGGUCAUUGUGGGUAAUAGGUACCUAGACAAAGGAUCGGAUCUCGGUGAUUGUAGUCGGUUAAGAAGAAGGACCAUUGGCCGAGUAAAAGCAGGCUUGUUAGAUGUAGUGUGCCGUGUUUUCAUCAAUAACAAACAAUGGUUUUGUUUGAAAUUUUAUCACGGAGUACUUACUCUCUAUACCCGGCACACGCUCACUCUCUCACGUGCAAGCACACAUACACACUCUGCCCUUCACGAUAACAGCUGAUACAACAUAGUAGAUGGACGAAGGAACAAAAUAUGCUGUGUAAAUAGAAGAAGAAGGUGGUAAGCUUAUCGGUAUGUAUGUGUGUGGGCAUAUGUGGGAGGUGCGGGUGGAUGUAUGUGUUACUGCUGUUGCUCCGUGUUCGCUAUCAAUGGACGGUUACCGCCUGCGAACGGUUAGUAUCUCUUCUCUUGCCUUCUGUGUGUUUGUGGUUCGUCGUUCUGAUCGAUCCGUUUUUGGGAGAGUUUUGUGCAUUUAAAUCAGGAAGGACGAAAGGAAGGAGCCAACACUGUGCGCCCUUUCUCUCUUGCUGUUGUAGGACUAUAGUUAUUAUGUAGAUUUUUGUGUUUAUUAUUAGUUUUUUGAACUACACUCAUUAGGAGGAUUUUUAUACAAACGAGUGAAGCUGGUCCAAGCAGGAACCCCCAAAACACAUCGACUCUCAAUAGACCUACAUGAAAUAGAAGAUACAAACAACAGAGCUCCAGAGGAACUCGCCAAUUGUCCGGAUGUGUUGCGCAGAACAACCAGCGAUCGUCCACGAUCCUCCUUUGCGUCGAUUUAGUUUCGUCGAUCGAUUUGUUAAUGUAGAUUUUUAGUCGAACGAAUUGUAAAUGAAAUAUGUAUGUAGUCACGUCUCCUGUGGUGUGUGGUGUGCGUAGCUUCGUUUUACUUUCUACUCCGGUAACAUCCGGUCAGGGUCAUUUUCUCUCCCGGCCCAUUCCUUGCACCCAAAUAGUCACUCGCACGUUACGUCACACAGCCGUAUGUUCGAAGUGUAAAGGACGGUGCAAUGCAUUGGCCAGGUCAUUUUUGAAAAAAAAACAAACAAACAAAAAACGAAACCAAUACCUACACUACACACCAUGAUACCAUCCGAUAAGGUUGGCAGCUAGAAUUUCGACAGGGAUUUGCUCUGAUUGUCUAGGUUUUUAAGGGCAAAGCUUGUAGAGAUUUACUUAACAUACACAACAAAAAAAGCAGAAAAAGAAAGAAAAAUUCAACACAAAAUGUAUGGCGAAAAUGGA